ACCGACGUAUCAGCUUCUGUCCCAAGCUUUCGAUGGCUCGCGACGAGGUUCUCGAGGAUGCUUUCAACUCAUCAGGGCUCGUGCUUCUUAGCCCCAUACAUGAAUCAACAUUCGUUCCACUUAUCUCCGUACAACGAGACGACGCCAUUGUACGUACCUUGUGUGGCGGACGUUCAAGAAGUGCGAGACGAGAUUGCGGGGAGGAAUCCUGGCUUCAUAUGCAUAGCAUACACGUCCCGAUGGAUAGUUACUUCUUUCACCAGUUCGCGCUCGGUAGAAACGGCAACGCCAUUACGUAAAUUAGUAAUCACUGCCGUCUACCUAUUCUUAGACAUCACAGGCACAAGCGCAACAGCGGGACGCACGCAACAGCGGGACGCACGCAACUGAAAGUUCUGCUUCGUCGAGUCCUGGGCCGACUUUGCUACAGUGUCACCACCGCUGGUCACUAUGGUGGCGGCCGCUCCCCUCUGUCCCUGCACCGGCGAUCGGCGUGUCGUGGUGUCAAGGGAUUCUGGCAGAGCAGCGGCGGCGGCUCUUCGUUGCUUCGUUCUGCUCCUGCUCUCGGCUGACUCCUUGCGCGUCAUGCGGCCCGUUAGAGCAGGCGACGCUAUCGGAGAGCCUCUGCAGGUGAAGGAAGGAGCAGCAGGGGCAGGAGGCGGAGCAGCGUCAGGCGCGGACAUGGAGGUUGCGGGUGGGGAAGGCGCGGAUGCGAGUGGGCGGAGCAAGCGGGGGGAGUGGACGAGAGAGCCGCUGCCGGCGAUGGCGAAUGUAUUUCCGCACGCUCUUGACAACCCGGAGGAAGUCGGGCCCUACGUGCCCAUCGAAUUCAGGAACGACAAGGAGCGCGUGAGCCUGAAGAGCCAGCCGCUGGGCAUGCACAUCAGCAGCGACGACCAGACGCGCGUGUGGCUCAACUACUUUCAAGGGGAUACACUUGUAGGGCCCAAGCUCAGCUGCAUGGGCAUCCCCUGCCCGCACCUCUUCAAGUGCAAGGACGGGUACCCAGACAUCUGGGCGUGCUGGAAUUCUGAGCUGGUGGAUACAGAGAUGUUCACCACCCGCGCUCCUCUGAACUGCCCGAACCGGGCAGCGGAGGGGGAAAUAGUGGGGGAUGAGGAGGGGGAUUAUGACGCGUCGUGCAGCCACCGGGCGGACCAUGGGCUGCGCAUGCCAUGGGCGCUGCAGAACUUCCAGUUCGCAAAUGUGUACAUCACGCACGAUGGCUUCCUCUUCAAUGCUACCCAUCAGUUUGUGCGCGGUGGCUGCCAUCAAAUCGGCAAGUACACCUUCUCCCCAGCGGCCCCAGUGCACGCGCUGCACGGCGUAUGGAGCUGGGCGUACGUGGUGGGCGGCAACUUCUACCACGUGCUCGUGGAGUCGCUGCCCUGCUUCGUCGUCGCCGCGCGCUUCCUCAAGAACUACAAGCAGUACCCCAUCCUCGCCACCGGCCAUCAGUGGAGGGCGUACGACCGCAUGGGAGCGGCCAUCACGGGCAUUCCGCGUUCCAGCAUGCGGGCCCUUGCCACAUUCCCAGGGGAGGUCUACCAUGCAGCCCGCGUGCACCAGCCCAUGUACCAGCAGUGUGGCACGCCCAGCCGGGCUCUCUGGCACACCAUCCGCUCGCGCCACUUCCUUCGUCCCGACGGGCUGCCUAUCUUCAACCCCGACUGGACCUACCGCGAAUUGCCGCCGCUCUCUGACGCAGAGAUGGCUCUCCUCCCCGCUGACUGGGUGGUGGUGCUGGCCAAGCGCCCGGGCAGGAAGCGCGCCAUCAUCAACUUUGCAGAGCUGGAGAGUGAAGUCAGGAGGAUAUUCCCCGACCGGGUGGUGACGUUCAAUGGCUCCUUGGGCAUACUGGAAGCGCGCGAUCUGUUUCGCCGGACGCGGCUGUACAUAGGCGGUCAUGGAGCAGCGCUAGCAAACAUGGUCUUUAUGCCUGCGCAGGCAACAGUGUUGGAGAUCCGUCCGAAUGCCUGUGCCAACACCUGCUUCCAUCAGCUCUCUUAUGCCUGCGCCAUACGCUACCACUUGGUGUUGAGCGAUGGAACAUGCUUUUCUCCUGUAGAGGCGCAUGUGAACGAAACAGCUGCAGCGCUUGAACGCAUUGCUGCCGAAUUUGCUGAAGGUAUCAAUUUGGUGAAGUGAUAGCCUUGAUUGAUAAACUCGUAUAAAAAAAUAUUUCAUUCCUCA